AUGAAUGACUUAAUUCCUUUAGUUAAUAAACUUCAAGAUGUUUUUAAUACGAUUGGUAGUGAUACUGUAGAUUUACCUCAAAUCAUUGUCGUGGGAUCACAGUCAUCUGGCAAAUCUUCAGUACUAGAGAACAUUGUACAACGAGAUUUUUUACCCCGCGGUAAUGGCAUUGUUACUCGGCGACCUUUAGUUCUUCAACUUGUUAAUAUACAUGCCAAGGAAGAUUCUGAACCUGAAGAAUAUGGAGAAUUUUUGCAUGCUUCAAAUCAAAAGUUUACUGAUUUUGCAGAAAUUAGAAAGGAAAUCGAAGCAGAAACGGCUAGAAUUGCUGGACAAAAUAAGGGAAUUUCAAGAUCCCCCAUGCAACUAAAAAUUUAUUCGCCUAAUGUUCUUAAUUUGACUUUGGUAGAUUUGCCUGGAUUAACAAAGAUUCCAGUUGGUGACCAACCUACUGAUAUUGAAAAUCAAACUAGAAAUUUAAUAUCUGAUUAUAUAUCUAAACCGAAUAGGCACGUUAUAAUUUUGGCUGUUAGUGCAGCUAAUGUCGACUUGGUAAAUUCAGAAAGUCUAAAACUUGCAAAGCAAGUUGACCCAGAAGGAAGACGUACCAUCGGAGUCUUAACAAAGUUAGAUCUUAUGGAUGCUGGUACAAAUGCGUUAGAGAUUCUUACUGGUCGUGUUUUGCCUUUAAAGCUUGGCUUCAUUGGAGUUGUUAAUCGUAGCCAACAAGAUAUUGUGGGUAACAAACCAAUGGUUGAAGCUUUGAAGUCUGAAGCUGAAUUUUUCAAACAUCACCGGGCUUAUCGAAGUAUUGCCUCCCGAUGCGGUACUCCUUUCUUGGCCAAAACGUUGAAUAACAUUCUCAUGAAUCAUAUACGGGAAAGAUUACCGGACAUAAAAACUCGAAUUAACACUCUAAUCGGACAGACUUCACAUGAACUUAUGUCAUAUGGAGAUUCUACACUUGAAGGAAAAUCAAACAGGGGAGCAUUGAUACUAAGGCUUCUUACCAAGUUCGCUAGUGAUUUUGUUUCAUCAAUUGACGGAACUUCAUCAGACAUCUCCACAAAGGAAUUAUGUGGUGGUGCUCGAAUAUAUUACAUUUUCAAUAAUGUUUUUGGCGCAGCACUCGAGUCAAUUAGACCUGGUGGAAAUCUCACAGUUCAAGAUAUUCGAACGGCCAUUCGUAAUUCUACUGGUCCACGACCUUCUUUAUUUGUCCCGGAAAUUGCAUUUGAUCUUUUGGUCAAGCCUCAGAUUCUUUUACUACUGCAACCAAGUUUAAGAUGUGUCGAUCUUGUUUAUGAAGAGUUAAUGAAGAUCUGUCAUGGUUGCGGAAGUGUGGAAUUGAGUCGUUAUCCACGUUUGCAUGCUAAACUUCUUGAGGUUGUUUCAGAUUUACUUCGUGAGCGACUAGCUCCUACUUCCGAGUACGUUGAAAGUUUAAUUAGCAUUCAACAUGCUUACAUAAAUACCAAUCAUCCGGAUUUUAUUGGCGGAGGCGCUGCUAUAUCAGAUCUCGUUCGAAAGAAUGAAAGAAAACGAAGGGAAUUUGAAAAAUUAAACAGAAGGUCAAACAAUUCAAGCGGUGUCUUAAAUGUGAGCGUUCAAUCAAGUGUUGUUAGUAAAGAUGAAAAUGAUGGUCCAUUAGUUUCAGAUAAUUUAAAAGAACCUGGUGGUACUAAAGAUAUUAACCUACAUAAUGGCAUGAAUAAUCCUUCAUCAUGGGCACAGCGCGAGUCAUUUUUAACAUAUUUCUUCGGAAGUGGAAAUAAGACCGAUAGAACGGUUUUACCUGACCAACCAAUAUCUAUUAGAAAUCCUAGAGAUAUUGAAGAGUUAGAACAAAAGUUGGAGCAUAUUUCCUUAGAUGAAGGUGUCAAUCAUCUGACUGAACGUGAAGAAUUGGAGACUCAAUUAAUACGUUCGCUUAUUACAUCUUAUUUCGACCUUGUACGUAAAGCAAUUCAAGAUACUGUACCGAAAGCCAUUAUGCACCAUUUGGUCAAUCGUUCUCGUGAAACGGUUCAAAAUAGAUUGGUUGAAGAAUUAUAUAAAGAGGAAUUGUUUGCUGAUUUGUUACAAGAAGAUGAGAACUUGACUAAUGAGAGGCAAAAAUGUAAGACUAUGCUUGAGGUUUACAGAGAGGCCUUUGAAAUCAUUAACGAGGCCAUGUAA